GAACCCUCUUUUUUCUCUUCACCAAACUCCCUCGCCGAUCUGCGUUUUUCGCUUCUCAUUUCUCCGAUACCAAACUCCGCAAAUCCUCCUUUGGUUUGUACUCAUGGCCUCCUUUGAGCAAGCUCCGCCCGGCGAUGCCAGAGCCGGAGAGAAGAUCUUCAAAAUGAAGUGCGCUCAGUGCCACACCGUUGACAAAGGCGCCGGCCACAAGCAAGGGCCUAACUUGAAUGGACUAUUCGGCAGACAAUCCGGUACAACUCCAGGUUACUCUUACUCUGCUGCCAACAAGAACAUGGCUGUCAUCUGGGGAGAAAACACACUAUAUGACUACUUGCUUAACCCCAAGAAGUAUAUUCCUGGAACCAAGAUGGUUUUCCCCGGAUUGAAGAAGCCACAGGAACGUGCAGAUCUCAUUGCAUAUCUCAAGGAAUCAACUGCCUGAAAUGCAUUUUGUAGUUGAAUGAGGAUUUUUUGAGUAGUGAUGAUUGGAAUAAUGACCACUCGUCCAGUUUUCAAUUCUUUUGGUGGAUGUCAAUUUUCUUGCCAAUAAUAUUGUGAACCAACCGUAAAGGUUUUAUUGCUACGUCUGUACUCUGGUUGAGAUAGGCCAGUAGUGGGUGCACUUUUAUGACAUUCUUUUAGACUUCAAUAUAUCGAAGUGCAUACUUGAUACUUCCCUUUUGUUUAGUCUGAUUAUAAUUCAUUAAUAAGACGUAAAGUUCAAUAA